AGACUGAGGGAGAGAGUGGAGGAGAGGAGGAGGAAGGAAGGAAGAUGAUGGCAGCAGCAGCAGCAGCAACGGCAACAGUGAACAUUUCUGCUCUUAAGUGACAAACAUUUUACUGUAGACCCACUUUUUUAACCAGGGCGGUUCCUGUACUCGAGGGUUUUACUCCACCAAGAUGUCGGCGUCGGCGAUAUUUAUCCUCGACUUGAAGGGAAAGGUGCUGAUCUGCCGUAACUACAUGGGGAACAUGGACAUGAACGAGAUUGACCACUUCAUGCCCAUUCUGAUGAAGAGGGAGGAAGAGGCUGAGAUGUCACCGGUGGUCUGCCAUGGCUCUUCACACUUUAUGUGGAUCAAACACAGCAACCUUUAUUUGGUGGCGAUGACCAAGAAGAAUUCCAACGCUGCUCUUGUGUACUCUUUUCUUUACAAAAUAGUCCAGGUGUUUACGGAAUAUUUCAAAGAGCUCGAGGAGGAGAGCAUCCGCGACAACUUUGUGACUGUGUACGAGCUGAUGGACGAGGUCAUGGACUUUGGCUUUCCUCAGACAACUGACAGCAAGAUCCUACAAGAGUACAUCACACAGCAGGGUCAUAAAUUAGAGGUCGGUGCUCCUCGACCUCCUGCCACCGUCACUAACGCAGUGUCCUGGCGGUCAGAGGGCAUCAAGUACAGGAAGAACGAAGUUUUCAUGGACGUCAUUGAGUCUGUAAAUCUACUGGUGAGUGCCAACGGCAGCGUCCUGCGCAGUGAAAUACUGGGCAGCAUUAAGCUCAAAGUCGUCCUGUCGGGGAUGCCUGAACUCAGACUGGGCCUCAAUGACAAAGUGCUGUUUGAAAUCACAGGCAGAGAGAAGAGUAAGACAGUGGAGCUGGAGGACGUGAAGUUUCACCAGUGUGUCCGCCUGUCACGUUUCGAGAACGACCGCACCAUUUCCUUCAUCCCACCUGAUGGCGAGAGUGAGCUCAUGUCCUACCGCCUUAACACUACAGUGAAGCCUCUCAUAUGGAUCGAGAGUGUGAUUGAGAAGUAUUCACACAGUCGUGUGGAGAUCAAGGUGAAGGCUCGCAGUCAGUUUAAGAGUCGGUCCACGGCCAACAAUGUGGCCAUUAUGGUUCCAGUGCCCAGUGAUGCUGAUUCACCCAAGUUCAAGACCAGCACGGGCAGUGCCAAGUGGGUUCCUGAGAAGAGCGUUGUGCAGUGGAACAUCAAGUCUUUCCCUGGUGGUAAAGAGUACAUCAUGCGGGCACACUUUGGGCUGCCCAGUGUGGAGAGCGAGGAACUGGAAGGGAAGCGGCCAAUCACAGUCAACUUUGAGAUCCCCUAUUUCACUGUGUCUGGAAUUCAGGUGCGAUACCUAAAGAUCAUAGAGAAGAGCGGUUACCAGGCAUUACCAUGGGUGCGCUACAUUACACAAAGUGGAGAUUACCAGCUCCGGACAAACUAAAGGGCACAGAUGCUGCUAGACGAAUGGAUUCUCCUGCUGUAUCUCUCCUCUUUUCUCCUCUCGUCUUCUUGUCUCUCCUCCCCUCUUCCCUCCUCUCCUCUCCUGCUCUAAUGGACAGCAGAGGACAUGUGCAGGAGGACACAUGACAUUUUCUACCCACUGUGAGCGGAAACCAGACAUCAUCACCAGCUCUUCCAAACUCCGCACAAACGGGAAAAGCUGUUGCGUAACCUUUGACCUGUGAUUUUUUUUUUUUUUUUUAAAGGUUCCUCAGGACUCAAGUAAAAGUUAAUGCUGAACUGUUAACGUGGUGACACGCCCUAUGGUUCUGUCCAGCCCAUUUGUUUUAAUAUCCCACAAGGUCAAUUAAGUGAAUUUGAGAAACAAAAAGGGCCAGUGUGUAAGAAUUAGUGCCAUCCGGUGGUCAGACUGCAGAGUUCCACUCACCUCCACUCACGUCCUCCCUUUCCCAAGUAUGUCAUACCAGAGAGGACGUUGUGGUUUGUUUUUGUUGUAAGAUUCCACUUCAAAAUGCAAAACAUAUGUUUUUAUUUCGAACGCUACAAAAACCAAACAUUUUUAUUUUAAAUUUAAUGUUCAAUUAUGUGCUAAUAAGCCCUUUUAAAUCAGGGGUGUCAAACAUACGGCCCGAGGGCCAGAACUGGCCCGCCAGAGGGUCUUGUUAACAAUUUCACACUAAGGUUACAAUUUAAACGUAAUGUCAAAUGCAGUCUAGUGUUACACAUCAUACUGGAUCUAUAAAGGCACAAACAUUUAGUCAUUUAAUAGUAAAUUUAGGC